CUGGUUUGCUUGCCUUCUCUCUAGUGGACCUGCCAAGCGUGCUCUCCGUCAAUCUGCCUUGGUCUCUUCUUUACGUCAGAAACCUUUCGGAUGAUAGACAUGGGACAGUCAUUUUUCCUCAGCUUUCUGGAUCCUCAUCACCGUCGUCCGUGUCUUUGACUAUCCGCUUGGCCAUAGACCUUCGAGAUUGUCAGAGGGUAUUGUAGAACUUCGGACCAAUUCAAUCCCCAACUUCCCGCGUUCUUCUAAUCGAAAGCAACGGAGAUGCAGAACCCGAACCAACACAUGCAGUCGGACCAGGCCCACCAGCAGCAGUACCCACCCCAUCCUCAGCAUCCCCAGGGCCCUCCCUUGUCACAGCCACAACCCACCCUGCUUUCAGGCCCGCAGCAGCCGCCAAAGCACCUGGGCCCUUCUCAACAGAUCCCUUUGUCGCAAGCCCUGGGGGCUCACCCCGGUCCGCCUCCCCACGGCAUCCCCCCUCACCUCCUGCAGCAGCGGCAUCUGCAGCAGUCCGCCCAGCCUCCCGUGCAGGCGCAGCAGCGGACAGUGCAACGACAGCAGCAGACGCUUCUCACCCAGCCGCAGCAGCAGCAGGGCCCUCUGUCACAGCCGCAGCAUAUGCAGAAGCAGCAGCCGUUGUCGCAGCAGCAGCAUAAGCAGCAGAAGCACCUGGAGCACGCAGCGCAGCCCAUGCAGCCGAAGCAGCAGGGUCCGCCGAUGCAGCCUAUGGCUCAGAUGCAGCCGCAGCUGCAGGCGCAGUUGCUGCAGCGGCAGCAGCAGCAGCAACAGCAGCCGCAGGAUCAGAGGCGGCAGCAGCCGAUUCACCAGCAGGUCCCGCCUCACGCGCUUCAGCAGCAAGGGAUGCACCCAGGCCAGCCUAUGCACCAGCCACAGCGGCAGGUGCAGCAGUCCCCUGCUUUGGCGCCACGGCAGCAGUUAAUGAUGGCGCAGCAGCAGCAACAGCAACACGCGCCUUCAGCACUCAUGCAGCCGCAGCAGUCGCAGCAGCAGCAUCAGCAGCAGCAGGCGGGAGUCACAGCACAGAAACAUCAGCAGCAUCAGCAGCACCAGCAGCAUCAGAGGCCCUUAGGCCAGAUUCCCGCGCAGCAGCAGGUACUGAUGGGGCAGCAGCAGGCAGCAGCGCACGGGCAGAAGCAGACGCAGCAGCAAGUUGUGUUGAUGCAGCAGCCAAGUAUGGGGCAGCAGAGACAGCUGAAGCCACAGCAACAGGCACAAGCGCCACAUGCAGUAUUGACGGGUACGCAGCAUGCAGCGGCUGCUGCAGCGCAGCAGCAGCAGCAACAGCAGCAACAGCAUCAGCAGCAGCAACAGCAACAGCAGCAACAGCAACAGCAACAGCAGCAGCAGCAGCAGCAGCAGCAACAGCAGCAGCAGCAGCAGCAGCAACAGCAACAGCAACAGCAGCUGCAGCAGCAGCAGCAGCAGCAGCAGCAGGGGGGUCGAUUGACAACAAACGACGCAUUGGCAUAUCUGAAGGCAGUGAAGGAACGGUUUCGAGACGAGAAGGACAAAUACGACGAGUUCCUGGACGUCAUGAAGAACUUCAAGGCGCAGCUGAUCGACACAGCAGGAGUGAUAGCGCGUGUGAAGGAGCUCUUCGUGGGCCACAGGCAGCUCAUCCUCGGCUUCAACACCUUCCUCCCCAAGGGAUACGAAAUCACCCUCCCACCCGAACCCACAACUCCGGUACCAGCCCCCGCGCCCGCACCCCCUCCUCAGCCUCGGUCCGCGCCUCCUGCGGUGGCUCGGGCGGUAAUCACCCCAUCCGUACCUGCAGGGCCUGUCCCAUCUGUCGCUCCUGCUGGUGGUCCCCCGCUUAUGCCUGGAGGAGCGGGUGCAGCGGCACCCCAUGCACCAGUGCCAGUGCCCCAUGGGGGGUCUAUUAGUGGGGCUGCCGCGGCUACUCGCACUCCCCCCCUUCCUGCUGCUGCAGUGGGCGCAGGCGCAGGAGCAGGAGCAGGAGCAGGUGCAGUGGCAGCUGCUUCUGGUGCAGGUCAUGCUGGGGGAGGUUCAUCUGCUGCUGCUGCUGGUGCUGCUGGUGCUGUUGCUGCCGCUCCUGGUGGUGGUUCUCCUCCCAGUGCUCCUGCUGCUGCCCCUGGUGCUGCUGGUGCUGCUGCGACUGUGCCUGCAGCAGCAGCAGCAGCAGGGGGGGCAGGAGGAGCGGCGGGUGCAGCAGCUGCUCCGGCUGCGCGAAGCAAGAUGGUGGAGUUCGACCAAGCCAUCAGCUACGUCAACAAGAUCAAGGCCCGCUUUGCUGACGAUGAGUCGGUGUACAAGAGCUUUCUGGAGAUCCUCAACAUGUACCGCAAGGGCAACAACAACAUCGUGGACGUGUACAAGGAGGUGGCUACGCUCUUCAAGGACCACUCAGAUCUGCUGGAGGAGUUCACCUUCUUCCUGCCGGACUCUGCUGCCAGCCAUUUGCCCCAGUGGCGCGGGGUGGGCCCCCCACCUCCUGGCACCGUUGCUGCGCCUGGUGGUGGUGCUGCUGCUGGCAGUGCUGCUGCUGCUGGCAGUGCUGCUGCUGCUGGCGGCGCGGCUGGCGCAACAGCAGUAGCAGGAGCACGGCCGGGUGUGGGUGCUGGUGCUGGUGAAGCAGCAGCUGCUGCUACGGUUGCUGCCACAGUUGGUGGGGUUGCUGCUGCUGCUCCAGCUGGUGCAGCAGCAGCUGGUGGCCGGGCGGAGAAGGGCAAGAAGGACAAGGACGGAGAGCACACAGAGAGGAGGCGCAAGGGGGCAGAGGGUCGGGGCAAGGAGAAGGAGGCAGAGGGGCGAGGAAAGGUGAAGGAGGAGGUGGAUGAAGACACGUCCGCACAGCAGCAGCACAAGCGCCUCCAGCAGCAGCAGCAGCAGCAGCAGCAGCAGCAUGGGGAUGCAGCACAACCGCAUCUGCACCACGCCCAGCAAGCAGCGGGGGCUGGGGGUUUGCAGCAGGGGGGCGAGGAGGGCACGCACAGGAAGCCGCUGAUGCUGGACCUGCAGAAGCCCCCGCGGGAGGUAGAGCAGCAGGUGGAGGAGAAGCGGGCUGGGCUGGCGCUGCCUCAGCCCAUGCAGGUGGAUGGGAAAGAGGGGCACAAGGAGUGGAGCCAGCAGCAGCAGCAGGAGGGGGUGGGGGGGGGAGGGGCGGCAGCUGAGGGGCCAGCCGAUGAGAGGAAAGGGAGCAGGGCCCUGGGAAUGCACCGCGAGCUGGCGUUCUUUGAGCGGGUGAAGGCGCGGGUGCGCAGCCGGGAGGUGUACCAGGAGUUCCUCAAGUGCCUCAACAUCUUCAGCCAGGAGAUCAUCGCCCGCGCCGAGCUGCAGAGCCUCGUGGGGGACAUCCUCGCCAAGCACCCCGACCUCGUCGAGGGCUUUAACGAGUUUCUAGCUCGGUGUGAAAACCUCGACUUCGAGACGCUGGAGUCAGCAGGUGGAGGGGCAAGGGUGAAGGUGGAGGAGGAGGAGAGGAAGGAGGCUGGGGAGAAGGAGAGGGAGCACGAGAGGGCUGAGACCAAGGAGAGGGAGAGGAAGGAGGUGGGGGAGCGCGAGCGGGAGAAGGAGAAGGAGCGAGAGAGGAAGAAGGAUAGAGAGAGGGAGCGGGUGAAGGACCAUGGACGCGUGGAGAAGGAGGCAGAGGAGCGGGAGAGGGAGGAGCGGGAGAGGGAGGAGAGAGAAAGGGAGGAGAAGGAGAGAGUUAAGGAGAGGGAGAGGGAGGAGCGGGAGCGGGAGCGGGAGCGGGAGAGGGAACGGGAGAGGGAGCGGGAGAGGGAGAAGGAGAGGGAGGCGAAGGAGCGGGAGCGGGAGCGGGAGGCAAGGGAGAAGGAGAAAGAGCGCGCAGCGGCAGCAGCGGCGGUAGCAGCAGCAGCCAAGUCAGUGGUAGUGAGGAAGGAGCAAGUGCAGUACAAGUCGAUCUGCGAAAUGGAUUUGUCGGCGGCUGAACGAUGCUCCCCCAGUUACCGCCUCCUCCCCAAACCACAAAUGCGGCCCGUGUCGUGCCAUCGCACUGAGCUGGGAAUGAAGGUGCUCAACGACGUGUGGGUGUCGGUAACCUCGGGCAGCGAGGACUACUCGUUCACUCACAUGCGCAAGAACCAGUACGAGGAGUCACUCUUCCGUUGCGAGGACGACCGCUUCGAGCUGGACAUGCUGCUUGAGUCCACGGCAGUGACGGCCCGGCGGGUGCAGGAGGUGAUAGACCGCAUGCACGGGAUGUCGGACGCGGAGCGGGGCGGCUUCAGGGUUGAGGAGAAUCUGACCGCCAUCAACAUGCGGUGCAUCGAGCGCAUCUACGGCGACCAUGGGCUCGACAUUCAAGAGCUGGUGAAGCGCACACCAGCAGUGGCGCUUCCGGUGGUGCUGCAGCGGCUGAAGCAGAAGCACGAGGAGUGGGUGCGGUGCCGGGCUGAGAUGAACCGCGUGUGGGCGGACGUGUACGCCAAAAAUUAUGCCAAGUCGCUGGACCACCGCAGCUUCUACUUCAAGCAGCAGGACAAGAAGAGCCUCAGCAUGAAAGGUCUUCUAUCUGAGAUUCGCGAGCUGAAUGAGCAGAAACACAAGCAGGACGAGGUAGUAGCCGCACUAGCUGUUCCCACUCGCCGCCCGCUCAUCCCCGACAUCCGGAUGGCGUACAGUGACUCUGCCAUCCACGAGGAUCUGCACGAAAUCAUCAAGUUUUCGACGGAGGAGGUUUGUAACUCGCCCGAGCAGUCGGCUAAAGUUAUGAAGCUGUGGACGGGUUUCAUUGAAAUGUUUUUGAACGCGCCCUCGGUCUGGUCGAAAUUUGUCGCCGAGGAGAAAGCUGCCCGGGACGCGGAGAAUGCUGCCUGCGAAGCAGCGAGGGCUGCCCGGGCAGCAGCUAAGAGACGAAAGAGGGGGAGGAGGGAGAGGGAGGAGGGGGAGGACGAGAGCAUGAGGUCUGAGGGGUCAAGUGCAGAAACUGAUAGCGCUGGGGAGGAGAAGAGGAGGCAGAGGAGGAGGAGAAGGGGGAGUGAGGGGCGGGAUGAGGAGGAGGAGGAGGGGAGAGGGGAGGAGGACGAGGACGAGGAGGCAGAGGACAGGGAGAGUGGAGGGGAGAUGGGAGAGGAGGGUGGGGAAGGGGGCGAGGAGGAGGAGGAGGAAGAGGAGGGGGGGAGAGGGUGGAUAUCGGGUCUGGGCCCCAAGGAGCGGCAGCACAGGGGCAAGAAAAAGUGGGGGCGGCACUGGCACAAGGCUUGCCGCCCCGUGGUGGCGCAUAGGGAGUCGUUUGAAGCAGCACGCAUAGGAGGAGGUGGGAUGCAGUUAGCAGUGACAGCAGCUGCAAUCGAGGGAGGAGAAGGGAGGGAGACGGAGAAGGAAACGGAGAAGGAAACGGAGGAGAGGGAGAAGGAGAGGGAGAGGGAGAGGGAAAAGGAGAGGGAGUUAUCGGAGGAGUUGUGGAGCAAAACGCAGGCGGAGGCGGGAGCGAGGCGUGUGAUGUAUGGCAACGACACCAUGUACAUGCUGUUCAGACUGCACCAUACUCUCUACGAGCGUAUUCUGAGUGCCAAGGUCAACGCCCGAGCCUCAGAGGAGAAAUACCGCGCUCUCAACCACUCAGACCCGCCUGACCUCUACGCCAGGUUCCUGGAGGUGCUGUACAACCUGCUGGACGGGCAGAUCGACAACACACGGUUUGAGGAUGAGUGCCGAGCCGCCAUCGGCACCCAGUCCUACGUGCUUUUCACCAUUGACAAGCUCAUCUACCGGCUGGUGAAACAGCUGCAAGCAUGCGCGGGCGACGAGGUGGGCGCCAAGCUGCAGCAGCUGCACGAGUACGAGGUGGCCAAGGGGGCGGGCGGCUAUGUGGACAUGGUGUAUCAGGCCAACGCUUGUGCGCUCAUGCACGACGACUCCUUAUACAGGAUUGAACUGCUCGCACAGCAACCAGGCGAGGGCGUGCUGACAGUGCAGCUGAUGGAGGGCGGGCCGGAGAAGGUGGAGGUGCCGGCAGCAGCCAUGGAGUCGGCGUUCCUCGAGUACCUCUGGCACUUCCUGCACUCGCCACCCGCGCAUGCGACCGACCGCGCCCACGUCUUCCUUGCCAGGAAUGUGAGAAAGGCGUCAUCAUCAACAUCCAAGAGGGGCCGCAGCAAGGAGGACGAGGAGAGGGCUGCUCUGGAGAGCGUGCUUAUACUGAAUGGGCUCGAGUGCAAGCUCUCCUGUGUCACCUCCAAGGUCUCCUAUGUCCUGGACACAGAGGACUAUCUCCUCCGCCACAAGAAGAAGCGACAACCCAAGAGUGCAGCUCAAGCACUCUCCCACAAGGCGCAGGGGACAGGUGGCACGCAGGGAUUGGCCGACCGCUCACAGAGGGCAGCCAGGCGGUUUACGGCGUUACCAGCAGUGGAUCUCUGCUGGAGUGCCCCCCGGCCUCGUCCUCUUGAGGGGUUUACCCUGCCUAAGUUAAACAGGCGGCUGGUGGAAGCAUACCUCCUUACUGUUGCUCCUCUCAGCACAUAAGGUUGAAUGGGUGGGGGUGUGCUGCAAUAGAAGAAAUUGCCAAGAGUUAUUAGGCCUUCGCUUGGCAGAAAAGGCACAGGGGCCCGUUAUCAGGAGCCACUGCAUUUUUGUGGCCCUAAAUUAGCCCUUAGAAUUAUAACCUCGUGUGACUUUAAGUUCUUUCGGUGCUGUGAUGAUUGCACUUGUGUCAGU